AUGAAACUAGCCAGACUGAUUUGAUCUCAAAACUCGAACUUGCUGCUUUGCUUUGCUCGAAAACGUCUCGAAAAGGAAUAUAAUCUAACCCAAACCAAAAUCCAGCUCUAAUUUCACAAAAUGAAAGCAAUUCAUUUCAUUUUUUUAUUAUGUGUAUGCAGUGGUUUAGCAAAGAAAUAUCAGGAUGAUGAAAAACCGUCUUGGGCGAAGAAAGACAUCAGAGAUUUUUCCGAUGCUGAUAUGGAACGACUAUUUGACCAAUGGGAAGAAGACGAGGAACCAUUACCAGAAGACGAACUUCCUGAGCAUCUUCGGAAACCGCCGGCCUUAGAUCUCACACAGAUGGACAUGUCGAACCCUGAAGAGGUGAUGAAAGCCACGAAAAAAGGUCAAACACUGAUGAUGUUUGUAACUGUUGCCAACAAGCCUUCACGAGCAAGAACAGAGGAGUUGACUAAAAUAUGGCAAACAAGCCUAUGGAAUAACCACAUUCAGGCUGAAAGGUACCUAAUAGAUGAUGAUAGAGCAAUAUUCAUGUUCAAAGACGGCUCACAAGCAUGGACUGCUAAGGAGUACCUUUUAGAACAAGAAGAAUUGAAGGAUGUCCAGUUGGAAAGCCAAACAUAUCCAGGAACAAAGCCUGAUGUUAGAAAUAUUGCAAUAAGGGAUGAAUUAUAAGAUCUGCAAGAACCACCAUUCCAUUUUUUAGUCUCAAUGAAUUGUUUUUUUGAGACUAUCAAGUCUUGUUUUUAUAUCAUUUAUAGCCAUAAGAGAAAUUAUUUUUAUUGGAAGGUUUUUUUUUAAUAAAUCACAAAUUUUUAAA